UUGUUCAUAGACAUAUAUGUCUAUGGUUUUGUAGUUAGAUAAUUGACUUUCUAGAGAAAAAUAAUAUUUGUAGGAGAGUCAAUAUCUUAAUUAAAAAGGGAUGGCUCAGUUACCCACAGGAUUAGUUACUCAUAGCCAAAAAGUAUGUAGAUUGUAUAAACGCGCUUUACGUACAUUAGAAAACUUUUACUUCAGAAGACAUGAAUUCAGGUAUGAAGCAGUUCUACUAAGACAUCGUUUUGACCAAAAUAAAAAGAUACCAGAUGCUCGUCUUGCAAAACAACUUUUGCUAGAAGGUGAAGAAGAAGUAUUCAAGCACCAACAUUGGCAAUCAAAAAAGUUUCCUGAUUCCGAAAGUGGAAUAGCUCAUGAGAAUUAUCUUCAUUGUCCAGAUUGUGUAAUGGAUUAUUGGGAUCCCAUGGAGAAGUCCAGAUAUCCAAAAUACUUUGCAAAGAGGGAAGAACUCAAGAAAGAAUAUGAGGAGCUAUAUAAAAAGUUGUUUCCUGAAACUCCUAAAACUGCUGAAAAGUAAAACUUGUAGAAAACUAUGUUAAUAUGUUUAGAUACAAUAUGUAUGUACAUAUACAUGUAAUAUUAAAGUGUAAUUAAU